AUGAGAUCCGUGCUUGGCUUAUUCGGCCUGCUGAGCACCGCGGCUGCUGCCUCGGACUCAGUCAAGGUCAAGUGGCUCGAAGGCACUCCCAAUUACCUCGGAGGAGUGACUUUCGGUGUGCCAUGGCCCCGUGGGCAGCACCUAGCGGAUGCUACGACCUUCAGUGCUUCAGGUGAUGCUCAAUUGCAAUCAUGGGUCACCGCAGUUUGGCCUGAUGGGUCAUUGAAAUGGACGGGACACGCCCUCGGAGCAAGUGCCGCACCCGCCGACGAAUAUACCAUCACUGCAUCUGGCUCAGGAAACACAACUUCAUCCCGCCUGAGACGACAGAGCGACAACACCAACCCUGGGUUACAAGUUAGCGACUCCGAUGACGAGAUCGUUGUGAGCACAGGCAAGGUCACCGCAACUUUCCCAAAGUCGGGCGAUGUUCUUGUGUCAUCCAUCGAGGCGGGCGGCAAGGUCGUCGGAAACAACGGCCGUCUUGUCCUGAGGUCUCAAAGUGGAAGCCCUGACGACGACGAGGAUGGCAAGCCAACUGGCAUCGAAUAUUACAGCUUUGCCAGCAAGAUCUACAACGUGACUGUCUCGGAGGACAACACUGCUCGCGCCCUUGUGACCGUUCAGGGUAUCCACUCUGCGGCUGACGGGGACAGCGCGCGUGGCGACUGGCUCCCUUUCACUGUGCGAUUCUAUCUGUACUCCGACUCUGAGGCCAUUCGCAUCAUUCACACUAUUAUCUACGACGGCGAGGCCAAGACAGACUUCAUCUCGGGAUUGGGUAUUCGAUUCGACGUGCCCCUUGCUGAGGAAGAGCAGUACAAUCGCCACGUCCGCAUUGCAGGUGUCGACGGCGGGCUGCUGCACGAGGCUGUCCAGGGAAUCACUGGUCUCCGUCGUGACCCUGGCGCCGACGUAAGGUCUGCCCAGUACAACGGUACUGAGACGCCCGACAAGACGACCUGGGACCAGAGAGUCACCACCCGGCUGCAGUGGAUUCCCACCUGGAGCGACUACAGGCUCACCCAACUGUCGCCGGAUGGUUUCAACCUGAAGAAGCGCACCAAGGCUGGACAAAGCUGGGUGAAGAUUCCUGGCGGUACCCGCUCCGGAGGUCUUGCCUACCUGGGUGGUUCUUCUGUCGGAGGUCUUGCUCUUGGGCUGCGUGACUUCUGGAAGAAGUACCCUACCAGUUUGGAUAUCUCCAACGCUGCUACUGACACUGGCACCAUCACUCUUUGGUUGUACAGCCCCCAAGCUGAGCCUCUUGACCUAAGGCCGUACCACGAUGGGCUUGGCCAGGACACAUACGCGAAGCAGCUGGACGCACUCGAAAUCACGUACGAGGACUACGAAGGCGGCUACAACACUCCGUACGGAGUUGGCCGCACCAACGAGUUGUUCUUGUACGCCUUUGACAGCACUCCGUCCGCUGACACGCUUUCGAGCCUCACAAACCACACCAACAACCCUCCGGUCCUGAUCCCCGAGCCAGAGUACAUCCGCGACACCAAGGCCAUUGGGAGCUACUGGGAUGUGCCCGGCUCGCCAGUGUCGUCGGCGCAGUCGCAGACCAUCGAGAACAACAUGGAUUUCCUCAUCAAAUUCUACGAAGGUCAAGUUGAACAGCGCCGGUGGUACGGCUUCUGGGACCACGGCGACAUCAUCCACACCUACGACGACGAUCGGCACCAGUGGCGGUACGACAUCGGCGGCUACGCCUGGGACAACUCCGAGCUGUCUCCCGACCUGUUCUUCUGGGGCCACUUCCUUCGCACCGGCCGCGCAGACGCAUACAAACUAGCCCAUGAUCAAGCACGCCACGGCGGCGAGGUCGACUCUUACCAUCUCGGCAACUUCACCGGUCUCGGAACGAGGCACGGCGUCCAGCACUGGGCCGACAGCGCGAAGCAAGCCCGGAUCUCCACGCCAGUCUACAGGAAGACCUUCUUCUACAUCUCUGGCGGCGACGAGCGCACGGGCGACCUGGUGCGGGAGGUCCAGGAGGCCGCCAGGGCGUUUGUCCUCGUCGACGCCCGCCGCAAGGUCCGCGACCCGGGCGUCGUGUACGAGCCCGACCCGACGGCGCUGUACCUCAACUUCGGCACCGACUGGGCGGGUCUCGCGCAGGCCUACCUGAUCGAGUGGGAGCGGCGCGGCCCGAACUGGGAGGACGCCCGCGAUAAGAUCACCGAGGCGCUGCUGACGUACCCCAAGCUCAAGAACGGCUUCGUUACCGGCGAGGCGCUGUACGACUCGUACACGGGCGCCUGGGCGCCGCCCCCGACCGACCCGGCCAACAACGGCAACGUGACCGUGUCCCACCUCUCGGGCGUCUUCGGCGUGCUCGAGACCAUCGACCAGAUCGUCGACCACUAUGGCCCCGAGGGCCGCAACAUCACGCAGCCCUUCUACGACGCCUUCCUCGACUACUGCUACUACUACGGCGCGCCCAAGGCCGAGCAGGCGGCACGCUACGGCAAGGACUUUGGCAACCUGAACCUCAAGCAGGGCCACUCCCGCUUCACCGCCUACGUCGCCAACAGGCGCCAGAACGCCACCCUCGUGCCCCGCGUCUGGUCCGAGUACCUGGGCGACGGCAGCAAGGACGGCCUCGCGCCCAAUGCGCCGUGGAGGACGGAGCGGUUCGGCGGCAGCGAUGUUCUUAUUCCUGUCGAUGAGGCCAAGUGGGUUAGCACGAACGCUGCUGCGCUUUAUGGUGUUGCUGGGUUUGAGAACUUGGCGCUCGUGGGCGCGCCGGAUGUCCCGAGCAUUGGGAACUCGACUGCUUAA